AUGGCCAAGUACGAAAACCCCCCGCAGCCCCCGCCGCUGUUUACAGGCACCAAGGACAGCAUCGUAGCUGAUUCCAAGGGGCUAUGUGACCGCACUCGCUCGCUGCUGGACUCUCUCGUUGCCAACAUCAAGCCCACCGAGAAAGCUGUUGCUACCUUCGAAUCGGUCAUCCGCCCGCAAACCGAGGACGAAAACGAGAGUGCCCUCAGCGCCCGCAUCCUCGGCUUUUAUCAAUAUGUGUCCGGGGACAGUGCGCUCCGUGAUGCUAGUACCGAGGCCGAGAAGAUCAUGGACGAGUUCUCUAUCGAAUGCAGCAUGCGCGAGGAUGUCUUCCGCCUCGUCGACGCCGUUUACAACAACUCGGGUCUCGGAGCGAGCAUCGCGGAGAACAAGGACCGACUGAUUGACGCUGGCCUGGCCAAGAGCGCUGGCCUCGACGAUGUUGAGAGUGCAAGGCUACUCGAGAAGGAGAGGAAGAGCUACAUCAGGAACGGGCUGGGCCUGCCUGAGGGUCCUAAGAGGGACCGGUUCAAGGAGAUCAAGAAGAGGCUCAGCCAGAUCCAGAUCGCGUUCCAAAAGAACCUGAACGAGGAAAACAACGGUCUCUGGCUUACCAAGGAAGAACUCGACGGUGUCCCGCAGGAUGUCCUAGACACCCUGGAGAAGGGGACCGGCGACAACGAGGGAAAAGUCCGCCUCUCCUUCAAGUACCCCGAUCUCUUCCCUACUUUGAAGUUUGCCAAGAACCCCGACAUUCGCCGCAAGGUCUUUAUUGAGAAUGAGAACAAGUGCAAUGAGAACGCCCCCCUUUUCAAGGAGGCCAUUCUUCUCCGCGACGAGGCCGCACGUCUUCUCGGUUACCCCGACCACGCGUCGUUCCGUAUCGAGGACAAGAUGGCCAAGACCCCAAAGACAGUGCUGGACUUUUUGGGAGAUCUCAAGAGUCGGCUGGCCGCAGGUGGCGUCAAGGAGAUCGAGCACCUCCUGGCGCUCAAGAAGAAGGACCACGAGGCCCGUAAUCUGCCGUUUGAUGGCAAUUACUACCUUUGGGACCACCGCUUCUACGACCGCAUGUUGGUCGAGCAGGAGUACAGCAUUGACGAGAAUGCCAUUGCGGAAUAUUUCCCGCUUACGUCGACCGUUGCCGGCAUGCUCCGCAUCUUCGAAGAGCUCUUUGGCCUCGUCUUUGUCGAGCUAACGCCGGAAGACCGCAAGCGUAUCUCCUCGACUGGAAAGGCCGAGGAUAUCGCGUGGCAUGAAGAUGUGAUCAUUUUCAGCGUCUGGGACGAUGCGAGCGAAGGCAAUGGCUUUGUCGGUUACCUCUACCUCGACUUGCAUCCUCGCCCUGGAAAGUACGGCCAUGCGGCCAACUUCAGCCUCCAACCGGGCUUCCUGAAAGCCGACGGCACCAGGCGGUAUCCUGCCACAGCCCUCGUCUGCAACUUCAGCAAGCCCACCGACAAGAAGCCUUCCCUUCUUAAGCACGAAGAGGUCGUGACCCUCUUCCACGAGCUCGGUCACGGCAUUCACGACCUGUCCGGCCGUACCCGCUAUGCUCGGUACCACGGCACGUCAACUGUCCGCGACUUUGUCGAGGCGCCCAGCCAGAUGCUCGAGAACUGGUGCUGGACUCCCAGCCAACUGAAGAGCCUGAGCAAACACUACGAGUCGGGCCAGCCGAUCCCGGAUGAGCUCAUCGAGAAGCUGAUCGCCACCAAGCACGUAAACGACAACCUCUUCAACCUUCGUCAGUUACACUUCGGCCUGUUUGACAUGACGGUCCACACCCCCAAGACGCACGAGGAGCUGGAGAAGCUGGACGUCAGCCAACUGUACAACGACCUGCGCGUGCAGAUCUCGCAGAUCAAGGGCCCCGAAGCACAGGGCGAACCUAGCACAUGGGGCAAUGGCCAGGCGACAUUUGGCCACCUGAUCGGCGGCUACGACGCCGGUUACUACGGCUAUCUGUCCUCGCAGGUCUACUCGACCGACAUGUUCUACUCGGUCUUUAAGGCCAACCCGAUGGAUCCUACGCAGGGCCGUCGGUACAGGCACACGGUGCUCGAGAAGGGCGGGUCCCAGGACGAGAUGCUCACCCUCGAGCAGUUCCUGGGGAGGAAGCCGAGUUCCGAGGCCUUCUACAAGGAGCUGGGGCUCGAGGCUUGA